AUGCAAUUCACCACCGCUCUCGUUACCGCCGUCGCUGCUUUCGCUAUGGUUCAGCCCAUCGCAGCAGGUGGCGUCGUAAAAACCAUCUUCGGCAAGCGUUCCAUGAUCCGAGGAGAAUCCAAUGUCUUCGAGCGUACCGCUCCCCCUGCACCCGCUAACGACAUCGACAACCCCGUCGCCAUCUGCUUUGAGCAAGGUCACAGCACCACGAUCCACGUCAAGUCGGUCGGCAAAGACGCAUGGACCGUCACCAACGUCCCCGAAGGCUGCCUGCAGCUCGCCCAACACGUCUCCGGCACCAACAACCCCCAGAUCGGCAAGGUCGUCGUCAACGCCGACAAGUCUGUCACCAUCUCGGACCUGCCUGCUGAUGAGGUCGACGAGUUCAGGACCUGGGCCGCUGGCCACCCAUAG